CAUUCCUCAAAAGAAUAAACACAAUCCAUCUACCCCGUCACUCAAGUAGACAUCUGAACAGACCAAAAUUAAAAAUCCAACACUCUCAUGUCGGAAUCAUUGCUGUGAUUGAGAUAAAGUAAGAGUGUUUUGAAUUAUCAGUAACUUGAUGAAAUCCAAUCUCUCCCUCUCAAGAACUCACUCAGAUUCCUGAACAACUUUUUCAAAUCUCUGCUCUGUUUUUUCACAUCCUUUUUGGCUUUCGACCUCAGAUAGAAUAUUAAAGUCUGAAACUUUUACUUGGGGAAUCAAAACGGCGUCUUCCAAGGAUAUCAACUGAGCUUGACAGUUUGGCUCGAAAGAUCCACAGCCCGUUUCAUAUUGAAUGGUUUUCUGGUGACCCAUUUCGUUUGAUGGAGGAAAUUCAAGCAUUUUGUGCUUGAAUCUCCUUGUUCUUGGGUAUGUAUUGAUAAUAUGGGCGUUUCCUUUUGCUUUUGUUUGGUUUCUGAGUUUUAUUCAGGAGCUAGCUCUGAGUUAGCAUUGUUUCCUGGAGUUCAUUGUAGAUCAAUUGCUUAAUUAACUGCAUUUUCUGGCGUUUUAGUGCAUUGUUGAGAUUUUGGGAACAAUUUUUUUCUUUCAACAGAGUUUGGGUGGUGGCCGUAAAGUGGGUGAUACGUGAUUUCUUAUUGAAGGAUUUAUGUAUUUUCUUUAUGUGAAAUGGUAGCAACUUCAUCAGGUUACUGCUUAAGUUGGCUAAGAUUUAUUGCUUGACCAUAGCUAUGGUGAUUAGUGGGAGAUGAGAUUGUGACUGAUUUGGAAGUUUCUUUUUGUUUUACUUCUAUUACUGGAUUGGGAUUCUGAAGAGGUGAAUUUUUUUUGGAGUUAAUAGUAUAAAUUUAGAUUCGUUUGGAUGGCAUCUGUAAGGAGAACACUGUCUCCAGUGCCUAGAGCUGGAACCUUACUAAAUGGGGAAGUCUGUCAAGUUCCUUCUCCCUUGUCCAAGUCCUCGUCCUCCACUCAAAACUUCCAAACAACUCGGGGAUUUUUCUCUUCUUUUCUCGGUCUAUCAGAUUCUCAAGCUUUUGUUCUUGGUGUCUUUUCGCCGAGGUCUUCUAGAUCACUGGAGAGGUCUAAACCUAGAGGGCAAGUUUGGAGGAGGGCUGUUUUCCAUUUCUUAGUUUGUUUUGUGGUUGGGAUAUUUGUUGGUCUUACUCCAUUUGUAUCAAUGAAUCUAUCAGCAAACCUUAUAUCAAAGAGUCAAGCCUUUUCUUUCGAGAUGGUAUCAACUGUUGGGAAUUUUCAGACUUUUGAAGUAAUGACCACAAACAGGACUUCCACAACUGAGAGUGAACUUGCCGAGAACAAUACUGCAAUGGAGCCAGAAGUGAAGGAAGUGAAGCUAGCUGAUGUAGUUUCCAACCAUGCACCACCCAUUAACCAGUCAAUCCCUGAAAUUUUGGAUACGGCGUUUCAGAAGCUUUUGAUAGUUGUGACCCCAACAAAUGCUCAACCCUUUCAAGCAUACUGUUUGAAUCGUUUGGCACACACAUUGAAACUGGUUCAACCUCCACUAUUGUGGAUAGUUGUAGAAAUGACAUCUCAAUCUGAGCAAACAGCUGACAUCCUAAGACGAACUGGGGUCAUGUACAGGCAUCUUGUUUGUAAUAAAAAUCUAACUGAUAUAAAAGAUAGAAGUGUUCACCAGCGGAAUGUGGCUUUGUCUCACAUUGAAAAUCACCAUCUUGAUGGAAUUGUCUACUUUGCAGACAGUGGUAACAUUUACUCAGCUGAUCUUUUUGAGCAAAUGAGGGAGAUCAGGAGAUUUGGAACAUGGACAGUGGCCAAAGUAACAGAGAACAAAAGCCAAGGUAUCUUAGAGGGCCCCAUUUGUAAUGGAUCUCGUGUUGUUGGUUGGCAUGUAAAUGAAUCAAGUAGGAGAUUCCAGAGAUUCCAUGCUGACAUGUCAGGUUUUGCCUUCAAUAGUACCAUACUUUGGGAUCCAAAGCGGUGGCAUCGACCCACUCUUGAACCUAUUAGACUGUUUGACACUGUCAGGAACAACUUCCAGGUUAGCUCAUUCAUUGAGCAAGUUGUGGAAGAUGAAAGCCAAAUGGAAGGCAUGCUAGAGAACUGCUCAAGGGUCAUGGUUUGGAAUCUACACCUAGAAUCGUCUAAUUCCUUCUAUCCUCCCAAAUGGUACACCAUUAGUAAUCUGGAUGUCACUGCCCAGCUUGCAUGAAGUUCAGGAGUCUGUAUGAACAGUGAAGGAAAGAUCUGUCAAGAAUCAUGGGUAAUCCUUAAUGCAGUACUAAUUCUUCAUCUGGAUGAAUCCUGCCUGCUUAGUUGCCCAUCCAGAUGGCUGGUUGACAUAUGCACUCGAAUUGGCAGAUUAUUUGCAUACGAGUAAACAUUUUCAUUGUACAGUUGGAUCAACUGGUCAUUUUCUGUGCUGCCACUGCUUCCAAACAAGUGAUUAUUUUUUGACCAGUUAGGAAAUGGAUGGUCUAAAUGUAAACCAUCCAGCGAAUUCAAGCAUGAUUCGAAGUUUUUUUUCUCUCUCUUCAUCCUUUAGCCAUUCCGAUGGUGUGUAAAACUUCAAGCAAAUUUUGAAUCUCUAGCUGGUGCUGUGUUCUACUGA